UCUUACCAACAUUCGCGUCCAAGGCAUCGGCUUUCCGUGUCGAUGCGUGCGAUCUUGCGUGAACUUGGUUUGGGUUAGCGCCGGCGCUCUUCAUUUGUAUAUGUAAACUUUGUAUCCUUUAUGUCGGCCUCCGAGGGUUUGCAAAGUUUUAUGGAUUCCCUUUCGAGGGAUCUCCAAUUGGAUGAAGUAUUUGCAGAAGUGAAUUUUGGAAAGGACGAAAAGAGUGGUAGAUCGACUAGCGGAGAGUCGCGACCUAACCACGUUGCACAGUUCGUUCAACCCCGACACCUUCCCAGACGACCCUAAUGCCCUUAUUGAACAAAUGGAACGCGAGCUCCGCGAAGAGUUUGGAACACACAGAACGGCUGGCCAUGAUUUCUCCAACGGGUUCAGUCUAUCCUUCGACGUUGAACGCCAGGCGAGCUAUGGGGGCGAUAGGUUUAGCAAACUCAUUGAGCGCGAGAUUGGCGAUGUGGAGCGGGACUUUUAUCGAUCUGAGGGAAGGAGUGCUGGGUCUUCUCCUAUUCUGUAUGAUGAUGCAGGCGUCAAAACCAUUGAUGAGGAGAGUGUUUUAGAGUUUGAGCGAGGGGGAUCGCCAUUUGAUGACGAGGGCGUGAAAGGCUUAGAGAUGGAAAUGGGUACUAUGAGAAUCCGUACGCCGUCUCCAGAUUUGCGGACGGUUGGAGAGUCGCCGAAAAGCACUGCGAGGUCCCACGUUGUCGUGAAGGAGGAAUUUAUGCAGGCGCCAGAUUCGAACAUAAAUAACGAGUCUCGAAGAGGCGUAUCGCGUAGUCCGCUACCGCGGUUCUCACCGCAGAGCUCGUCCCCAAGUAUCCAGCAGUACCGGCUCUCCCAAUCUCCAACCCGCGAGCCACCGAGAUCUUUUUCCCGCCUGAGCGAUAAUAUUCCAAUCAAACCCGGGGUAUCGAUUUCCUUUGCAGAGCCUUCUUUUCCGGAGCACAUACGUGCAGAGUCCAGAUCAGACGAGAAUGAUCCUUUUCAGGGCUCUGCUCCUGUUGAAGCUGAGCAUCGAGCAGUGCAUCGUGAUGUGCUUGGUGAAGACACGCCGCGAUCGCCCUCUUCGCUGGAUCUCUUGCCUGGAGGGACAGGGCCUGCUUCCCCACCUGUUGAGCUCCCUUCUGGCUUGCGCAUGUCCAUGGCAGAUAUCCUAGACGAUGUCACUCCGACAUUUCGCACGGUCCCCAGCUACAGUGAUCCCUUUGAUGGCAUCCAUCGUCAUUUACCGCUUGUCAACGUCCCGGAGGAUAGCAAUACUCGCGCCGUGGUAAAUGCAUUACGAACGUUACAAGAGCGUGUUGGGAAGCUGGAAGGCGAAAAGGUCGCCGCGAAGGAAAAGAUUGCAAAAUUGGAGGACGAGUUGACUAGGACUAGGGGCCUUGUCCUGUUCGAGCAGGGGCGAUUGAAAGAGAGUCAUUCAGCUAAACAUGUGGAAACCAAGAAAAUUGACAUUGGAAGCGACCUCCAUAGUCAGAUUCCUGACAAGGACCUGUUGGACCAGCUUAAAAUUGAGAACCAGCUUCAUUCGCUUAAAAUGCGGUCAGAGAUUUUGCAGAGGCAGCUAGAGCGGUCCAAGGAGACUGCUUUGGAAGUCGAGCUGGAAAGAAAUAGGGUGGUUGAGCAGUUGGAGGCUGCUAGGAGGGAAGUGAAAGAAUUGAAGAGAGCUAUGGAAUCAACUCAGGAUGGUGAUGGGAAGCAGGCAAAGGUCGAUCAAGCCCGGGUAUUGAAUGAUGGUGUGAAAGAGGAGGUUAGGACCGCGACCCAUGAUACAAAAUUAACUGGAAGACAGCAAGCGUCGCCUCAACGUUCCAAUCCACUUCCCCAACGCUCCCAUCAGGACAAACGCUCGCCUCAACGGUCCUCAACCCGCGCAUCUCCCUCCAAACGUAACCCUUCUCCUACCCGACCCAAAUCAGUCUCUCCGCGUAAACCCUCCCCAACUCGACCUCCGUCAACCGACUUAUUCAGCCGCUCAAUCCGUUCGGAUGCCCCUUCCCUCACUGAAGACAGCUUCCUCCACCCGGAAGAAAUCGACGCGCUCCAAAAGGAAAUCGAACGAGAACGUGUUGAAAGAUUGAAUCACGAUGGAGGUCGGGUCUCUCGAGAGGAUCGUGACAGGCUGAGGAAGCUGGUUGUUGGGCAGGUGCGCUUGGGGAGGAAUGGGAAGGUUGAGGUUAGAAAGGGGGAGAGAAAGGUUACGACUCAGCACACGAGGGACGGAGUCAAUCCCGUCUGGAAGAAAAUUGAGAUUGGCCGACCUCGGCAAAAGCUCGUGCCCACAUCAGGAAUCAAACCUCGAGUCGUCAUCAAGUCUCCCCCGCGAAAUGGAACUUUAUUUUGCACACAUGGAUCGAAAGAUGAGCGGGGGGUCGUCAAGGGAGUUGUCGGAGGCAGGCAAAUGCCCUUUAUUAUUGGAACGAGCACGUCGAAAUCGUAUUCUGUAACAGCCAACAUUCAAAGAGUCUUCUCCCUACUCAAAGCUCAUAACCCGGCAUUAUGCUCCGUCUGCAGUCGACGGGAUAAGCCUCAAAAGGACAAGGAUGAAAUCACUGUUCACCGUACCGUAAAACCAACCGAUCAACCACACACCACAGGAAAAUCUACACAAACUCUUGGUGAACCAUGGGACGAUCACGCUUCUUUUCAUGACGAGAUGCUGAGCACUGAUGGUGGAGUUGAAAUUUUGAAAAAGGUGUUGAAGGGAUUGGAGGAAGAAUUUGAAGCGUUGAAAAGACAUUAUCACACGCUUGUUCAAAAAUACGACAGUGCCGCCGCCCAGACGACGACCAACCCCACCCCACCACCGACACUCCGAGCAUUGGGUGACCGGCUCCGGCAGUGCAUACAAAGCAUGGAUACCAAGGGAGACCAAAUUAGAAUCUUGAGAGAGAUUUUGAGAGGGGUCGGUGGGCAUUUGCAGAGGGUUCAUACCGGUGAGCCGAAAGCCAGAAAAAAGGACCGAGAGGACGUGCUGGAAAGAAGGGUAAAGAAGGAGGGACAUGCAUCUGGAGUGGACAGCUUGAGUUUGUUAAAGAGCAGUCGCAAGGUGCAAGAGGCGUUGGCUGUUGGGCUUGGAUAGAGAGAAGGUGCGAAAACGUAUUUAUGCUUUUUUUCAUUAUUGGUUUUUCGGUGGUGGGGGAGGGAAGGGUUAUAAAAUUCUAAACUUUUAAUGGCAAUGUUUUGAC